ACCAACUGAACUGAACAUAACCUCAACCCUAGACAAUAUUAAAUGACAGGUUGUGUUGAAUCUUGAAAUGGUUUUUGAUUAACAAUAUUUAUUAUUAAAUGAUGCAACUGCUGAUAGUAAAAAUGCAUCAAUCUUCUCAAAGGAGUUCUUCUUACACAAACGCAAUUAACGGCGGGAGGAGGUGCUGGCGAAGGCCUAUCAGUUGCAGAUUUAGCAAAGGAUAUUCUAAAUCGAUUACCACCUGACUAUGAUGUUGAAGCAGUUUCUGAAAAAUAUCCCGUUAUGUACUCAAACUCAAUGAAUACAGUUCUACGUCAGGAGUUGAUAAGAUUUAAUCGAUUGAUAGUUGUGAUUCGACAAACAUUAAUUGAUGUUGGGAAAGCUGUUAAAGGACUUUUAGCUAUGGUUGGUGAAUUAGAGGAAGUUCAUGGAUCUUUGUUAACAGGACGAGUGCCAAAAACGUGGGCUUCUAAAUCUUAUCCCUCACUUAAACCUCUAGGUGGCUAUAUUAAUGAUUUACUGAUAAGGCUAAAGUUUCUUCAGAACUGGAUAGAUGAAGGACCUCCUAACGUCUUUUGGUUAUCAGGAUUUUUCUUCACUCAAUCAUUUUUAACGGGCGUUUUGCAAAACUAUUCGCGUGGUAAUAAGUUGCCAAUUGAUCUGGUUGGACUUGAUUUUGACGUAACAGAAUAUGAAACUGAAUGUAAGGAAGAACCGGCAGUUGGUGUUCUAAUUAAUGGUUUGUUUAUGGAGGGAGCAAGAUGGGACAGAAAACGAAAAAUGCUUGGAGAAUCUUUGCCAAAAAUAUUGUUUGAUGUUAUUCCUAUAAUGUGGUGCAAGCCUGGAGUUAAAGGGAAAAAAACUGCUAAUGUCUACAAUUGUCCUGUUUAUAAAACAAGUGAAAGAAGAGGCAUUCUUUCUACAACUGGUCACUCAACUAAUUUUGUAAUGUUUACUGAUUUUCUUUCUGAUCAGCCCCAAUCACAUUGGAUAAAUAGGGGUGUUGCUUGUCUUUGCCAAUUGGACGACUGAAUUAAAAAUGUACAUAUAUUAUAUUAAAAUAUGUUUAUUUAAGAUAUAAUAAAUC